AUGGAUUUUGACCUAACUAAUAUAGGUUCUAUGAAAGUUGUUAGUUUGCCCGGCGGAGAGACAUCGGAAUUGAAAAAUUUCUGGCAAGAUCAAAAUGUAGCCAUAGUUUUCUUUCGGCGUUGGGGAUGUAUGUUCUGUCGGCUUUGGGCUAAAGAGCUUGAUGAUAUUGCACCGGUUCUCAAGAAUAACAACAUUCGUUUGAUUGGUGUGGGUGUGGAAGAAGCGGGUUCUAAAGAAUUUAUCGACGGAAAGUAUUUCGAUGGCGAACUCUUCUACGCUGAAGAUCGCUCAAUUUACCAGAAAUUAGGGUUCAAGAGAUUCAAUGUGGUGACAAUUCUCACUUCGUUGCUAUGGAAACAGUCGAGGGACGCCAUCGCCAAAGGAAAUAGGAUGGGUCUAGAAAAUGAUCUCGUUGGAGACGGUUUACAAAAUGGCGGAAUUCUAUUGAUGAAAAAGGGCGGGAAGCUCAUCUGUCUAGGUGGGGAUAUGAAAGGUGAUUGGGUGCAAACAGGUGGGAUGUUGUUGGUCGAAAAGGGCGGGAAGUUGAUAAACCAUUUCAAACAGACUGGUCCCAGCGAUCAUUUGUCAAAUGAAGAAAUUUUAAAGUGUUUUGGCUUAGAGCAUGAAUACAAUGCCGAGACUAUGGCCAAUAAGAAACGCGAAGACAUGGAAUGCAGCAAGCGAAAUCCUAAGCCCUGGCUUCAGUGCCUUGCUGAAUGUCCUUUAGCUCCCAUACAUAUGAUAUGGGCAGAAAGAAGAUGUAAGAGUAGUCAAGUAUAG